AUGAAGCUGCAAUUGCAAAAAACCGCUGAUCGAAUUCCCAGGAGAGUCUUUGUGAUCUCGACAUCGGUCCUUCUCGGCCUCUCGCUGGUGGCCGUCAUCGCUCGAUUCCUCAUUCGAUUCCGCGUUCAACGGCAGCUACCGAAUAUCGACGAUCUUUUCCUGACGCUAGCUAUUGCUCUACUACUUAUCAGUGCCGGGUUCCUGCACGAAGAGGUCAUCGACCGUAUGUACCUCAUCGCCUCGUUGCAAAGACAAGCCAAAGAAGGAGAAGUCAUUCCCGGUCCAGAAUGGAUGCAGCUCGCGUCCCAGUUUCACAAAUGGAUCACUAUUUGCUCGAUGACGACGUGGUGUACUAUAAUGAUGGUUAAGUUCAGCUUUCUAUUUUUCUUCAAGCGGCUGAUAGACUUCAUUCUGCGCUGGUGGCUCUACUGGAUUUUUGUCACCCUUUAUAAUGUUGGGGUCCUGGGCUAUGGAGUCGCAAUCUACUAUACCAGCUGUCCUUUUUUCUUUGACCCUAGAGAACUGCAGUGUGUCUCUGGACCAUACAAAAAAUUGUUCGUAUCGGAGUUGAUCGCUAAAAUGGUGUUGGACCUCUUUGGCGACCUCUUGAUUCUCGUAAUACCUAUUGCGGUGACCUGGACUGUCCGAGUCCCUUGGAAGCAAAAGAUCAUCUUGAUAUGCUCUCUUUGUUUGACCAUCAUCAUGGCGUCUCUUUCGAUCAUUCGCGUAUCCGGCUUUGUCUACUAUGGAAUGUCGGACGUCAUCUGGGGACUCUACUGGCAAUUCCUCGCCGCCGAAGUGGGCGUCUUCCUGGCCGCAGCCGUUGCUUUUCGAUCUUUCUUCGUGGCUCGCAAGAACAACAGAAACGGCACGCCGCCGUACUCCAUCAAACGUUUCGUCAAGGAAUCAAUUACGGGGGCCUACCCUCCGAGAGGCCUGAAUUCUCUACAUAGCUCUUCGUUCAGGGGUUCUGGAGUUGAUCUGGAAGACAUGGAGAACGACAAUACCGACAUGACCGGCUCCUAUGACUCCCAUCAAGGCCAAGAAUCUCGAGCGGGGGUUCCUCACCAGCAAAAUCCGGGGACGAUGCCCCUAGACCACAGUAAUGCUCUGCCUCUUUGUCCAAGUCGAGUACGAACGAAGGAUUCAGCUAAGGUGGGCGUUACUCAUAGCGUCAGAAGCAUGGACUAA